CCCAGGCCCUCCCAGAUGCCGUUUGCACAUGUCCCCCUCUCACGGGGGCUGCCGGAGAGAUCCACGGCCGUGGCUGCGUGUGCAGGACGCGGGGAGUGGUGUUCUCGAGGAGAGGAAGGCUUCAUGUCCUGCCUGGAGCUGGGGUGGCCAGGCGAGCCGCUGUCUGUGCCGGUGCUGGCAGCCAGCCGGGCUCGGCGGGACACAGACCUGCAUCCUCCCCGUCCAUCCGUCCCGCUGUCUCCUCCCAGCUGUGAGCCCACAAGGAGUGGCAGCUGGGGGCUAUAUAAAGGCAGGGAAACCUCAGCCAGCUCAAAAGAAAGUCUUGGAGCUGGUGGUGUUCUCCCUCCCUCCUGCCUUCACGUGAUUCAGCUUCCCCACGUCGGGAGCCGAGGACAAGCCUCGCUGUGCGAGAUGGCUGCCGGCAGCUGCCUCCUUCUCCUCCUUCUGCCCUCGCUGGUCAUAGCCUCGCACAGCCCUCCUGGCUGUAAGAUCCGGAUUACUUCCAAGGGGCUGGACCUGGUGAAGCAGGAGGGGCUGCGCUUUGUGGAGCAGGAGCUGCACAACAUCACGGUGUCGGACCUGCAUGGGAAUGAGGGGCAGUUCCAUUACAACAUCAGCCAGGUCAAGGUGACAGACCUGCAGCUGGCCUUUUCAGACCUGAACUUCCAGCCCCAGCAGCACCUUGUCUUCAACAUCAACAAUGCUUCCAUUAGCCUACGCUUCCGCAGGCAGCUGCUCUACUGGUUCUUCUACGACAUUGGGUCCAUCAAUGCUUCUGCGGAUGGUGUCCACAUCUACACAGUGCUGCAGUUGGCCAAGGAUAAGGCUGGGCGCCUCAAGAUCUCCAAUAUGACCUGCAAUGCCUCCAUAGCCAGAAUGCAUGCUGGCUUCUCUGGCACACUCAGGAAGGUCUAUGAGUUCCUGAGCACCUUCAUUGUCACAGGGAUGCGCUUCCUCCUCAGCCAGCAGAUCUGCCCAUCCCUGGAGCAUGCCAGCCUGGUGCUGCUGAACUCUUUGCUGGACACAGUGCCUGUGAGGAACUAUGUGGAUGAGCAUAUCGGGAUUGACUACUCCCUCCUACGAGAUCCAUCCGUCUCCACUGACACCCUUGACCUUGACUUCAAGGGCAUGUUCUUCCCCCGGGUGAGAGAGGACCAGGAGCUGGAGAACCAUGCAGUGGAGCCGGUGAUCAAGGAGACUGAACGCAUGGUUUACGUUGCCUUCUCGGAGUACUUCUUCGACUCAGCCAUGCACUCAUACUUCCAGGCAGGCGUGCUGACCAUAGAGCUCCAGGGGGAGAAGAUACCCAAGGAUCUGGAGGUUUUGCUGAGAGCCACAUUCUUUGGGACAAUCUUCAUGCUGAGUCCUUCUGUGGAUGCUCCGCUGCGGCUUGUGCUGCAGGUCUCUGCUCCCCCUCGCUGCAUCAUCAAACCCUCGGGGACCUCAGUCUCUGUCUCUGCCUUCCUGAACAUCUCACUGGUGCCCCCAGACCGCCCACCUGUCCAGCUCUCCAGCAUGGCCAUGGAAACCAAGCUGAGUGCUAAGGUGUUCCUGCAAGGGAAGGCACUGCGUGUGCAGCUGGACCUACGACGGUUUCGCAUCUAUUCCAAGCAGUCAGCGCUGGAGUCACUCGCGCUGUUCUCACUGCAGGCCCCACUGAAGACCUUGCUGCAGCUGAGUAUCAUGCCCAUCAUUAACGAGAGGACAAAGAAGGGUGUGCAGAUCCCACUGCCCGAAGGCAUGGACUUCACCAGGGAGGUGGUCACCAAUCAUGCGGGAUUCCUCACAGUGGGAGCUGAUCUCCACUUCUCCAAGGGGCUGCGGGAGGUGAUUGAGAAAUACCGCCCAGUGCCGACUGCCACUGCUGCCUACUCCAGCUCCCAGCCUGCAGAGCCUAGCCCGGACCCCAGCUCACUCUAGCUCUCCUCCCUGGACCAAGGGCAGAUCCCGGGCUGGACCCGUAGACUGUAGGUAGGAAGCAGCUUCCCUGGUACCACCAGCACAUUGUCAGGGCAUCCAGGCCCUGGUGGGGCGCAGCAAGGUGGAGAGGGUGCUCUGGGAACCCCUGCUGCACCCCUGCUCAUUACACUAAUAAACCACCUGACUCCAA